AUGAUGUCGUCCAAUCUUGCAGGGACAUCCGGGAGCAAAGCAGCGGGCGGCCAGGUCUUCUCACCCACCAUGGAUUCCAAUCCUCCUUCAACCCCAGCGCAAGACAAUAGUCUUACAAAACUCGUCGAACAGCGCCAUGACUCCCUGACGAAGGGAUAUGCUCUCGACAUCUCGCUCGCUUCCUCAGUCCCGCCAGGUUGGAAAGGUAGUCGCAUUCCUUCAGAUCAUGUCCCGAGGAAGGCACCGCUUGCAGCUCGCUCCACAGAUGAACUCUCUCCCCUCACAGCCCAUAAGGUUCCGAAAGUGAAACAGGAUAGGUCGGGUAUUAGCCCAGAAGAGACCUUCGAGGUCAUUCGAGCGAACCGCAUACACCAACAUAAGUCGUUCGAAACGCCAUCUGGCAUCCCUAGUCGAGGACGUCCACGACUGGACGACGGCGACGGAGGUCAGAACGUGAACGCAGCGGGUAGCUUGAACGGCCGAGGCGGAUACGCGCAGCCUCCUAUUGGUCUUUUCGCGCCUCCGCAGGUAUCCAAUACAACAACACCCCCCAAAGUUAGAAAGCUGCGUCCGCAGUACAGCUACCAGGUCCCUCCCGAGUUGAUAGGCACGAAGACUGCCCUAGGUCCAGAUAACUGGGACGAAUACGUAUACUUCAUGGAGCAGCUAUCGACUGAGAACAUUACUGCUCACGAGUUUGACAAGCGCGCGAAACCGAUCUUCCAAGUCUUCGACGAGAGGACGAGAAAGAAGCUGAAUAACAUCAUGGCAACUAAGAUGAUACUUCCGCGGCUUGAGGAGCUGCGAGAAAGAGGUCAGUCCACUAAGGGUGCGGAGGACGUCUAG